AUGAAAGCUGACCCCAAAGAACAUCGGUAUGUUCAGGGGAAGGAGUUGUGUUUCGAUGUAACUAAUGGAGAGAUGUCCAAAAGGACUCACAACGAUACUGGGAGUAGCACACCAAAAAGGCUGAAAUCUGUUGAUAGCCAAUCUCCUAGACGGACCAAGGAGGAUCUGAGGGGUUACUUCCAAAGGAAGCAACAAGAUGCCGAGUUGUUUAUUGAUGGAAGUUCAAACCGACAAGGAGCGGAGGCAGGAAUAGUGCUAGUAUCUCCAGAUGGGCAGAUACUGGAACAGUCCAUUCGUCUAGGGUUUAAGGCUUCAAACAAUGAAGUAGUGUAUGAGGCACUAAUAGCAGGAUUAAAGCUGGCAACAGCCAUGGAAGCUGACGAGGUUGAAGACUUUUUAUAUGAAAUUCAUGAAGGAAUUUGUGGAAGCCACACUGGAGGCAGAUCACUCACUCAUAGGGCCAUUUCCCAGGGGUAUUGGUGGCCCUACAUGCAAAAAGAUGCAGAGGCCUACGGAAAGAAAUGUGAACAAUGUCAAAGGUUUGCACCUUUGAUACACCAGCUAGCUGCUGACCUCAACCCUGUACUUGAGGAUGUUUCUGAUUGA